AUGGCGCGGCUUCUCUCGGCUUCCACUGACCCCCUCUCCUGGGACUCUAAAACCAUUUACUUCUGCAAUUCCACUGGGGACCAGAACCUGACCGACGAGCAGCUGAGAACCAAGUACCUGGGCCCGCGGCAGCAACCCCAUUUCGUGCCCAUCUCUGUCGCCUACCUGCUGAUCUUCGCCGUGGGCGUGGUGGGCAACGCACUGACCUGCACGGUCAUCGUGCGCCACAAGACCAUGCGCACCCCCACCAACUACUACCUCUUCAGCCUGGCGGUGUCCGACCUGCUGGUGCUGCUGGUGGGGUUGCCCCUGGAGAUCUACGAGAUGUGGCAGAACUACCCCUACCUGCUGGGCACCGUCGGCUGCUACUCCCGCACGCUGCUCUUGGAGACCGCCUGCCUGGCCUCGGUGCUCAACGUCACGGCGCUGAGCGUGGAGCGGUACGUGGCCGUGGUGCAUCCGCUGCGGGCUCGGAGCCUGGUGACGGGGGCCCACGUGCGUCGUGUGCUCGCGGCCAUCUGGACCCUGGCCGUGCUCUCCGCCGUGCCCAACACCAGCCUGCACGUGUUUGAGGAGAUGAUGGUGCCCUGCCGGCAGGACCCGGUGCCCGGCUCGGCCUGGUGCUAUGUACCGGACAGGUCCCAGGACCUCUACCACCUGGUGGUGCUGGUGACCGCGCUGCUCUUCUUCUUCCUGCCCGUGGGGGUCAUCAGCGUGCUCUACCUGCUCAUCGGGCGCCAGCUGCGGCGGGAGCAGCUGCUGAUGCCCGGGCCGGAGGUGGGGCCCGACGACAGCUCCAGGCGGCUGUCCCUGAGGGAGCACGGGCGGACGCAGGUCACCAAGAUGCUGUUUGUGCUGGUCGUGGUGUUUGCCAUCAGCUGGGCCCCAUUCCACACCGAGCGCCUCCUGUGGAAUUUCAUCACUGACUUCAGCUCCGAGGCCGCCUACUACUACGUGCACAUCUUCUCGGGUGCCCUGUUCUACAUCGGCUCGGCCGCCAACCCUGUGCUCUACAGCCUCAUGUCCACCCGCUUCCGGGAGACCUUCCAGGAUGCUCUGUGCCUGGGGUCCGGCCGCUGCGUGGCCCCCGGCCGUGGCUACAGCCUCAGCAGAGUGGUCACGGGCACCACCCUCCUGGAGCUGGGCUCCGUGGGUGGCAAGGGCCACUCUCUGGCUGAGAACGAUGGCCCCCAAGCCCGCCAGCAGGGGUCUCUGAGCCAAGAGCCAGGAGAAAGCCCUGAUUCACCAGAAGGGAAGGAAGUGCCCAGCGUGCGUGAGGUCCUUGUGCGAGACUGGCCGGCCUCUCUGCUCUUCAAGGGCUCGCCUCCUAAGCUCCCCUGGAAGCGGAUCUUUUCCUGA